UCCAAGCAACGGACUUGCGGGCCCCACACGCUUCUUCGUCUUCGUCUUCUUCCCGACGAACCAGCAGGGAAACACAAACCGUUUCGACUUUGUCUCUCCGGUUGAUGCUUUGCUCUUGCCGCGUUUAUUCCCGUCUAGGAAGAAUAGCACAAGGCCGCGCGUACACGGCUAAGCCGUAAAGAUUCAGUCUUGGUUUAUUCUUCGCGCCGGCCCUGAGUCGCUGUCCCGUCGUCCCCAUCGUCAAUCCCAAUUCAAUUCGGUUUCUUCUUCGCGCCGGCCCUGGGUCUGGGUCUGGGGUGCUUCGUCGCCAAGUAAGAGCCCCUCCAACUAAAUCCCCGAUUUUUCUUGAUUCCUCGCCUGCCUCUCCCGUUUCGACCGGAACAUAUUCCCACGAUUCGCUUCGCUUUUCCUCAACUUUCGAUUCGGUUCCUCUUCUCCUGGAUUGUUCCGCUUGCGCAGGUAGCAAUCGAUCGAUCAUAGCUCCCGCCAUGGUUCUGCGGGACCAAGAUCUGGACACCAACAUCGUCCGCUGGGGCCUCCACCACCUCCUCGACGGAGGAGGCGCCGGUUACGGCCACUGCGCCCGCCUUCCCCAGACACCCACCACCGACUACGCCCCCACGCCGCCGCCGCCGCAGACCCUGCACGCCCUCCUCGGCGGUCCGGGCCACUGCGCCCACCAUCCCCAGCCCCCCACCACCGACUACGCUCCACAGACCCACCACGCGCUUCUUGAUUCGGGCGUCGAGGUCACAAUCCACGCGGUCGAGAGCGACGAGGUCAUCGCGCACGCGCUGCAGGAGGAGCUCGCCCAGGUCGCCAUGGCCGAGGCCGAGGGGGGAUCCGCCGACGACGAGCAGCGCGCCACCGUCCUCGCGCAGCAGUGGUUCCGCCCUGAAAUCGUCCAUCAUCUACCCUCAGCUCCGCCUUAUGUAGAAGAGGAACAACCAGUGGCCUCCAGGGACCACUUCAGCUCCUGCUCCAGCCCUGAAGAUAACGAUGCCCAAGAUUGCCCGAUUGAGCUUGUGGAUGAUUUCUCUGCUAUUGACGGCGAGGUCGGAAAAAGAUUGAACGACAUGCUUCCUGUUCCUCAUGUUCCUAAAACAAAUGGAGAGAUUCCCUCUGUUGACGAAGCCUUCUCAGAUCACCGUAGACUUCUUGACAGGUUGGUGUUGUAUGGCUUGGUUGAGCUCAAGGUAAACGGAGAUGGCAAUUGUCAGUUCCGGGCAUUGUCUGAUCAAUUUUACCGCACUCCUGAACAUCAUAGAUUUGUACGGCAGCAAGUGAUGAAGCAGCUUGAAUCCCAUCCUGAGAUAUAUGCUGGAUAUGUUCCUAUGGAUUACAGAGAAUAUCUUAAGAAGAUGCCAAAGAAUGGGGAGUGGGGUGACCAUGUUACCCUGCAGGCUGCUGCGGACUCGUACGGGGUGAAGAUCUUCAUCCUGACAUCCUUCAGAGAUACAUGCUACAUUGAAAUCCUCCCUGUCGUGCAAAAGUCAAAAAGAGUUAUAUGUCUGAGUUUCUGGGCUGAGGUGCACUACAAUUCGAUAUAUCCAGAAGGAGAGUUGCCCGUCGUGGAGAACAGGAAGAAGAGCUUGUCGUCUGAUCGACCGUCGUUCUGUUCGACCAUGUGAUCAGAGGGAUCUGGGGAGCUGCAAUUGAUUUAGGAUUGAGAUCGACUGACGGCUGUUCAUUCUUUGUACAUAGUAGUACUCUAUAUAUAGCAUCUGUACAGUGCAGGCCAGUAGAAGAAAUAGGUUUCAGCUGAUUCUGUCGUGUAUAAUGGAAACAUUUGUUAUACCUAAUAUAUUAGUAUUUUCAUUUUUA